AUGCGACCAUUUGUCCCCCGUUCCGACGACGAAGACGGAGAUGGAGACAACGAAAUGCCCCCGAUUGCAGACGACGAUACGCCUCCACCACCAGACAGGCCUCUCAUCCGCCAAGGACUCGCGUUCGGCGCUUCUGCGUUUGGCACUAUCGGGACACCCUCCAUCAUCCCUGCCGCAACGACCAUCGAGACCUACCAAGCAAAACUCCCAGAACCGACCAAGGCAACUAUCUAUCUUCCCGGUCAAGCUCCCGUACAACCACCACCACCCAAGAGGAAACGGAAGAAGAAGAAUGAAGAAUUCAAGGCUCAAUCGGGGCGGUUCCGUCUUGAGGCAUACAGCCCUGCACCUACACCUGCGCCGAUGGUGCAACCACCACCUGUAAUGCACGCAGAGGGCUCUUAUGCUACUAUGUUUCGCGGCGUUCCUCAAUACCCCCAAUACCCUCGGUUCGAUUCACCUGUCGCGAGCAGUGGGACUUUGACUGACACUAAUACGAUCCCUGUUCCGACACCACCGCGCAAGUCAAAACCCAAGAAAACGGGAGAGUCGAAGAAGAAGGCUGCCCCAGUCCCUGCUGUCGCAAUGACCCAGCCUGUCCCACACGCGCAACACGUUCCACCGAGCUCAAGCCCUGUACGAACAUCGAUGAGUGAAGUCCAGCCGACUCCUCCGCCAGGAAGCGGAAGGUCGUACUACCGACACGACUACGACGCUGGAAAACCCAAAGAGCAGAAUGCGGUGGUAACUUCAUCUAGUUCUCAUCAUACAGAAGGACAUGCAAUUCACAGUGAUCCCCCCAGGUCACCUAAACAUUCGCGGCGACCUCUGCGGAUGGUUACAGUCCUUGUGCAAGACAUCAGAAGUGGUAUAACCGAUUACCAGCUGGUGGAGGUCAUGGUGCCUCUCAAACCUCACGAACAUCCCGAGGAUGGAUUCUGGGCAGAUGCUGAACACAUCAUUGACAAGUGGCAGAAGUCUCCUGCUCGAGUGGAUGGACCGGCGAGGGUCUACACUCUUCGCGGGAAGUACCGUCAAAUUCUGCUGCGCGUGAGCGCCUCGAACGAAGACGACUACAGCUCUAUGAAUGUUCUAAUUGCGCCUGAUCGAACAAUCAACGUCGUCGUCGAGCCAUUGCCCAUGUCGGGCACUCUUCCCCCACCUCCCAAGAUUCCACCAGACCUUCUCCCCGCCGAGUGGGACAGUUCACAUGAACCAGCAGACAACCCUGAGCCUGUGUCAGAAACGGCGCUGGUAACAACUCGGCAACACUCCCCUUUCCCUGACUCGGAUACACUCGAUGGAGACGUCACUGUCACCAAACAUCAGACAUCUUUGUCACCGCCUGCAAGUUCUCAUAGGGUUGUAGAGUCUAGCGAGCCAGCAGGAACUUCUGCUCGAGUCAUUGAGCCGUCCAGGGGCACUGUUGUAACCAGACCGCUUCCGCGUCGAGGAUACGAGACCCCCGACUCUGAUGCUGAGCCGGAUGAGGUUGACAAAGCUAUCUGCAAGGCCACAAGCCAAUUGCUGCUCAAGGAUCCAGGGUGGAAGGAAUACUUCAAAUUCAGGGGACGUCCUGCGAGUGUCCCGAAUAUGCUCCACCAGUACCGGUUCGUUAAGCGUCUCAUGGACGAGUUUGCCGGCAUGACUGCUCCUUUCCAAUCGAGACACUUUUUGAUAGAGGAGAAACACAUCAUCGGAGGUCUUCACAUCGAGGAUGAAGAUGGCAAGUUUGCCUCUAGUUGUAAAGAAACGCUGGGGCUCUUGGAGCUGUAUGGGCCCGGUGGGAAAUGUUACGAAAACCCUGAAGUCGUGAAACUCGUCAAUAACAACGAUCCCCCGGAGUACAACGCAAAGCCUAUCAAACGGCUUCUUCAUCUCCUUCGUGAUGUCGACAAAAAAUGGAAGGAAGAGAAUCCUGAAGUGGAACAGGCAUCUUCUGAGAGAGACGGGGACGGAUCAGAUACCAGCGAAUCUCCCAACUCAUAA